GUGGCUCAUGUGUGUAACCUCGGCACUUUGGGAGACCAAGGCGGACAGAUCGCUUGAGUCCAGGAGUUCGAGACCAGCCUGAGUAACAUGAGGAAACCCCGUCUCUACAAAAAAUACAAAAAUUAGCUGGGUGUGGUGGUGCGCGCCUGCAGUCCCAGCUACUUGGGAAGCUGAGGCAGGAGGAUCAUUUGAGCCUGGGAGACAGAGGUUGCAGUGAGCCAAAAUCACACCAAUGCACUCCCGCCUGGGUGACAGAAUGACAACCUGUCUCUAAAUAAAUAAAUAAAGUUACUCCGUAUGAACUUUAGAUUUUUAGAGGGGAGUGAGGUGUCAUUUAAAAGGAUAGUGCUUUUGCUCAAUCCAGCAUACUGCUUUUACCUUAAUUAGUGGUGUUCUCCAGAGCAUAUAAAAAUGGUUCCAUUUAAUGGCUUUGUAACGGGGGAGGUGGGGGGAAGUGAAACAGGAGUAACCCAGAAGUGUGAAUGGGAGGAGAAACUGGAACCUGGCCUAGCCUGGUUUGACUGGAUGAGUGAUUAACAGGAGUUGCUUUUUAGCCCAUCUCUGAUGGUGGAACAAUCUGAUCCCUGUUUCCUCUCUUUUAGUGAAAGUUGUAACUUAGAUCAUUACAGUCAUAUGUUGCUUAAGGAUGGGGAUACAUUCCAAGAAAAUGCAUCAUUACGCGAUUCGUUGUUGUGUGCACAUCCUGAGCUGUGCUCACACAAACCUGGAUGGUACAGCCUCCUACAUAUCUAGGCUAUAUGGUGUAGCCUAUUGCUCCUAGGCUACAAACUCGUACAUGUUCCUUUACUGGAUGCUGUAGGCAGUUGUAACACAGUGAACCUUCGAGAUCUGCGGUCUGGGGUCUGGUUGAAAGAUGGCGGCCCUCACUACCCUGUUUAAGUACAUAGAUGAAAAUCAGGAUCGCUACAUUAAGAAACUCGCAAAAUGGGUGGCUAUCCAGAGUGUGUCUGCGUGGCCGGAGAAGAGAGGCGAAAUCAGGAGGAUGAUGGAGGUUGCUGCUGCAGAUGUUAAGCAGUUGGGCGGCUCUGUGGAACUGGUGGAUAUCGGAAAACAAACGCUCCCUGAUGGCUCGGAGAUCCCGCUCCCUCCUAUUCUGCUCGGCAGGCUGGGCUCUGACCCACAGAAGAAGACCGUGUGCAUUUACGGGCACCUGGAUGUGCAGCCUGCAGCCCUGGAGGAUGGCUGGGACAGCGAGCCCUUCACCCUGGUGGAGCGAGACGGCAAGCUGUAUGGGAGAGGUUCGACUGAUGAUAAGGGCCCGGUGGCCGGCUGGAUAAACGCCCUGGAAGCGUAUCAGAAAACAGGCCAGGAGAUUCCUGUCAACGUCCGAUUCUGCCUCGAAGGCAUGGAGGAGUCAGGCUCUGAGGGCCUAGACGAGCUGAUUUUUGCCCGGAAAGACACAUUCUUUAAGGAUGUGGACUAUGUCUGCAUUUCUGACAAUUACUGGCUGGGAAAGAAGAAGCCCUGCAUCACCUACGGCCUCAGGGGCAUUUGCUACUUUUUCAUCGAGGUGGAGUGCAGCAACAAAGACCUCCAUUCUGGGGUGUACGGGGGCUCGGUGCAUGAGGCCAUGACUGAUCUCAUCUUGCUGAUGGGCUCUUUGGUGGACAAGAGGGGGAACAUCCUGAUCCCCGGCAUUAACGAGGCUGUGGCCACCGUCACGGAAGAGGAGCACAAGCUGUACAACGACAUCGACUUUGACAUAGAGGAGUUUGCCAAGGACGUGGGGGCACAGAUCCUCCUGCACAGCAACAAGAAAGACAUCCUCAUGCACCGAUGGCGGUACCCGUCUCUGUCCCUCCACGGCAUCGAAGGCGCCUUCUCUGGGUCGGGGGCCAAGACCGUGAUUCCCAGGAAGGUGGUUGGCAAGUUCUCCAUCAGGCUUGUGCCAAACAUGACUCCUGAAGUCGUCAGCGAGCAGGUCACAAGCUACCUAACUAAGAAGUUUGCUGAACUACGCAGCCCCAAUGAGUUCAAGGUGUACAUGGGCCACGGUGGGAAGCCCUGGGUCUCCGACUUCAGUCACCCUCAUUACCUGGCUGGGAGAAGAGCCAUGAAGACAGUUUUUGGUGUUGAGCCAGACUUGACCAGGGAAGGCGGCAGUAUUCCCGUGACCUUGACCUUUCAGGAGGCCACGGGCAAGAACGUCAUGCUGCUGCCUGUGGGGUCGGCGGAUGACGGAGCCCACUCCCAGAAUGAAAAGCUCAACAGGCAUAACUACAUAGAGGGAACCAAGAUGCUGGCCGCGUACCUGUAUGAGGUCUCCCAGCUGAAGGACUAGGCCAAGCCCUCUGUGUGCCAUCUCCGACGAGAAGGAAUCCUGCCCUCACCUCACCCUUUUCCAACUUGCCCAGGGAAGUGGAGGUUCCCUCUUUCCUUUCCCUCUUGUCAGGUCAUCCACGACUUUAGAGAACAGACACAAGUGUAUCCAGCUGUCCACGGGUGGAGCUACCAGAUGGGCUUAUGAGUGACCUGGAGUGACAGCUGAGUCACCCUGGGUAAGUUCUCAGAGUGGUCAGGAUGGCUUGACCUGCAGAAGAUACCCAAGGUCCAAAAGCACAAGGUCUGAGGAAAGUUCUGGUUGUCGGCCGGGCACCACGGCUCACACCUAUAAUCGAGCACUUUGGGAGGCCAAGACAGGAGGAUCACUUGAGGCCAGGAGUCUGAGACCAGCCUAGGCAACAAAACAAGACUCUGUCUCUACAAAAAGUUUAAGAAAUGAGCCAGACAUGGUGGUGUAUGCCUGUAGUCCCAGCCACUCAGAAGGCUGAGACAGGAGGAUCGCUUGAGACCAAGAGUUUGAGCCUGCAGUGAGCUGUGAAUGCACCACGGCACUCAAGCCUGGGCAAUGUAGCAAGAUCCUGUCUCUACAAGAAAUUUUUAAGAAAUGAGCCAAGUGUGGUGGUGCAUGCCUGUAGUUCCAGCUACUCAGGACACUGACGUAGGAGGGUUGCUUGAGACUGAGAGUUGGAGGCUGCGAUGAGCCAUGACUGCCCCACUACACUCCAGCCUGGGCGACAGAACGAGACCCCAUCUCAAAAAAAAUAAGUUCUGGUUGUCAUUGAAUUGGGAUAAACAGAGAGCUUGAUGCUUUCUGCCUUCUGUCUCAGGUGAUGCAUUGCACAUUUGGGAUAUUUGGAAAGGAAAUGAGGAAAGAAAUCAGGGCCUCCUCUGAUCUCUCGCUAUCUGCGGGUCCUGUCCUUUUCUCAAGACCUUCACCAUUACUGGCGUUUUCCUGUCUUCUCUUUAGUAUGAUCCCUCAAAACCUCACUAACUGGAAGGAUGAUUUUGUCUCAGUUUGUACUCCUAAAUAAAAAGUAAACAUGAUACCUCUAAAA